UGAGAGGCCUUCGCUCGCAAAUAGUAGCCAAACGCCAUUCGCAGCGAACAAAUCACUUGAAGGAACCCACUCACGGGGGGCUCUCUCUUUUGCUUUGACAAUGGAUGUUGGCUACGGCAGCGGAGGCACAGCAGUUCAAAGUCCGAGUAUGCAGAAGUGGUAUGAACAACAACACCAUAGCGGAACUGAAGAGAUACGAAGCGUUACUCCAGCAAUGAACAACACAAGAGGAUCCUUUCGAAACAGCCCAGCUGCCAGUGCUGGAGGAGGACCCAGUGGCUCUUAUGGUAAUAAUGGCAGCUCCACGCCCACCGGAGCCUAUGACAAUGGAGCACCAAAUCGAUACCUGGGUGCCUACAACUCACCGGAUGGCGGAGGAGGAAAUGGAUCUGUAGGUCCCACGCCAGGAGACGCAGCACCCCAUCAACCAUCCUCCACGGGCUUGAUUCGCCUUAGUCUCCGAAAACCCAUGGGCAUUGUCUUUGAACCCAUGUACGAUCCCAACAAUGCUUCUCUACAACGUGGAGUUAGAAUCUGUGACUUGCCGCGGACUGGAGCUGCUGCUCUGUCGCGAAAGCUAGAAGUUGGCGAUGAACUUCUUUCGAUAAAUGACAAAACCAUGUCACGACUCUCGUUUGACGAAAUAAUGGAUUUCAUCAUCGAAGCAGACCCAGAGGAAGUCAACCUCUUAUUUCGAAGACCCAGAAAAGAGACACUGCAAGCUCGACAAGGAAUCAAGAAACCCUCCAACUCACAGCCUGCAGUCAAGUGGGUCGAUGAUGACGUCCGCAACAAGAAGAAGGACAAGAAAAAGGACCGCAAGACGGAGAAAAAACCAUCUAGACGAUCCAAAAAGGAGGAAGACGAUACUAUCACUUCUCAUGAUGAAGAUUAUCGCAGUGGACGGUCGUCACGGAAAAAAGGAAAAAGCAGAAAGCAUCCCUAUGAAUCGGAAUCAUUUCUUGACCUUCUCAUUGACACUAUUUGCGCAAACCCGGACCACGCUUGUCGAGAAAGAAGGCGCGGCGGAGACGACGACUACUACUCGGACGAAGAUGAAGAUGGAACUUUUGCCUCACAGGAUGAUUCUACUUAUGUGACGUAUGAGUCGGAAGACCAUGUAAAGAGACGCGGCAAGUCUAGUAAAAAGCGAGAGGAUUCCUCAGUCGACGAAGAAACAGAAGAGGACACUGUAGAAGAAAAAUGGAAGCGAAGGCACAAGAAAGAAAAAGAGAGAGGUGGCUCCAACAAAUCGCCCAUGAAAGAUAAGCAACGGUCCAAGUCGCCCGAGAAGCCAAAGGUCGAUGACAAAUACGAAGAUGAUGGCACUCUGGAAACUGUCGACUCGCAAGAUCGAGCCAAGGCCGUCUUGGCAGAACAACCACCCCUCGGAUUAACACCGGAACCAGAGCCCGUCGCGGUGGACAUGAUGCCUCCUCCACCUUCUGAUGACGAUGCCAAUCCAGCACCCAUCAAGGAACUGGAAUAUGACGAUCGCAUUGAUCAUGGCGCCGACGUGUCUGUCAUGGAGAGUCUCGGCGGGCCUUCCUUGCUCAUUGAGAAACAGAGAAUGGCAGCGGCUGCCAAAGCACCUCCUGCUGGCAUUGCAUCCGGACCCACCGUGCCUACCGAGUUUAUUGAAAAGUUUGGCAAGGAUUACCCAGUCACCUUUGGGCUCACUCAUGAACAAACCAUUCAAGCGGAUCCUCUCAAGUUUUACACAUCUGUGGUCAAGGGUUUGCUGGAAGAACACGAGCCAGAAAAGGUCCGUCUGCUCGACAAGCUUCUGGCCAAGUACAAGGGCCGAGAAGAUCAUCUGGUUCAGAAACUGUCAGUCAGGUAUAGCAAGAACAGCGAACCAGAACCAACUCCUUCCAUUCCGGAAGAAGAAGAGCCAGAUGAACAACCCGUAUUUGUGGAACCAGACCCUCCUACCCCACGAGAACGAAGUCCAAGUCCUCCUGUCCAGCCUCCUCCUCCAUCACCUCCUACAAUGCAGCCAGCAGAGGCGCCGUUCACUCCAGAUGAGUGGCCCGACAAAGAAACCAAAGAAGCGGAAGAGGGAGACUCUCAGGAAGAACAAACCGCAAGCGCCGACUCGGAGUAUUCUGGCGACUCGAUCGAUGGCACUUCCCCAGCCGUUAUCGCACAAGUCUCCGAGCUCUUGAAUUAUGUUUACGGCAAGACGUCCGUUCCUGGCCAAAUUGAUCGAGUAUCCACGAUUAUGAGGGCCUAUGAAGGACGAGAAGCUGUGUUGCUCGAGCUGUUGGAGACAAAGGCUCUCAUCAAGGCAAACAAAGAAAAAGAAAACGCCGAUAAUCUCCCAUCCUUCUUACGGAACACCCAGGCAAUGCAAUUUAAGAAUCCCGAAGAAGUCAACAGCGAUAUGCCACCGGUUACACCGAUGGCAACGCAACAGCACGUAGGGAGCGGAGGAACUUUGAUCAAUGAUGAUAUUUCGUCCAUGAGCGGUGUUUCUUCUCCAGCAGAAGGACAGCAACAACCGCACGGACAAAUACUGAAUCCACCCAUGUCGCACGAAGAGGAAGUUGAAGUUUCUCAAGCAUCUCAUCACGAGUUGAGUCAUUCGUUGGACCAUGAGGUGGAACCACCGCAACUACAUAAGUCAAAGAAUCGUGUGGGAGGAGCAACGCCAGACAAGAAGAAGAAAAAGGGAAUCUUUGGAGGUCUAUUUGGCGGCAAGAAAAACAAGAAAAAUAAAGACGCUGUCGGUGCGCUACCGGCAAACGACAGCCUCAGAAGUGGAAGCCGAUCACGGGCAAGCCGCAAGCUCCGUGCUAACAGCGAGUCAUCCAUCUAGCACCCCCUUAUCUAGUGUCUAAUAGCAAUAUAAUUCCCUCCCAACUCUAUCAUACGUCCAGUUGUGCUCGGUCGCUGCCCACCCCUGAGCCUUUCUCAAAACUCAAUUGUAGAGCCAAUGUUAUCGGGGCGAGCGCGAAGGCGCAUGAUGCCCAGCCAAACAAAUUCCUGUCCUCGUCAGUUGCCGGUACCGCUAGCGCCAACGAUACGAUUGCGGUCGGUCUAGUACCGGUCGUAC